GUGUAUUGCCCACCUCUUCUAUUCUUCCCUAUUUCUUUGUUUUCUGUAAUAGUUUUCUUUAAUUUAUCGUUUAAAUCCUAUGAAAAUUCAUUCUAUCGGGAGGCUCGGAUAGAAUUUUUUCCUGAUUUUCAAUAAACAUAUCGAUAUAAAAAACAUAUGUUUUCCAUUAUUUUACACUAUAUUUAAUGAAGUGAUGGAUUUUUAUAAGAAACGUUGUCUACCAUGGAUGCACUUUAAAGCGAACAAUUUAACCAAAACUCAAUCUUCAAUUGUGGAUCCGAAAAUUCUGAACUACGUGUACACUUUCCCCGCAUCGGCCAGUGAUUUGAAUAAUAAAAACGCUACUUUUAAAGAAUCCCUCUCAUACCGCCUAAAAAUAAUCAACAUAUAUUCUAAUAUUAUCAAUCACUAUUAACAACCAAUGCAGGUACAACAUUGGACAGUUACUGUGCUCAAUAAACUAUUCCUGAAAAUGCUAAUUUUUGUUAUAUGAUAAGUUGAAGUUUUUUGAUCUACUGAACUUUUGUAUAUAAUUGCAACAAAAUUGCGAUAUAAAUUAUUUUUUAAGCAAAAAAAAAA